UUUUACGUUCUCGACGCGACGAACCACACAGAUGCUGAUGGCUUUUUGGCUGAUCUCUAUUGGGCAAGCGACGAUGGAUGUGAGUUCCUGCUUGAUACUCACUCGUUAGUUUUCGUAUAUGCCGAGUCAGAAUGCGGAGAUAUUCUUUCCCUUUAUGUGGACUUUAUUCAAGAAACUAUGUUAUCGAAUUCAUCGAAAGGAACAGGAGAAGCGCGAUUGUUCAAAAGUAAUAUUAUCCUCUACGCACAGAUAUGUGACUACGAAAUGGGCCGAAUUUAUCACAACAACACUUACAUGGGAACUAGCGCAUGCCGUGGAUGGAGAGGCACAGCCUUCAAGUUCCUCUUGAUCGUGAACUCAUUCGACGUAGCGUUUGAUCUCAACGACAGCAGCAAUUGCUCGUCAUUUUCCCUCCCUGAAACGGCGUGA